AUGUUAACUCCUCAGAAAUUGUUAAUUUUAUUCUUGAAGUAUUGUCAUUCAUCAUCACAAUCUCCAGAAACUAGUAGCAUAGUCACCCUAAAUACACGUCGUCGCGGUGAUCUUGGAUAUCUGGUGAUUUGUUGGUUUUCAAGUUUUCAUUCUAAGGAUGCAGUAUUUAUUCAAAUAUUCUAUCUAAAAUACCACCCUGAUAAAAAUAAAGAUAAGAAUGCACAAGAAGAGUUUGUAAAAAUUGCUGAAGCUUAUGAUGUACUGUCUGAUGAAGAAAAACGCAAGCAGUACGAUAGUGUUGGGCAUGGGUUUUACACACAACAGUCUGGUGGUGGUGGCGCUCCAGAUUUCGACUUUAAUAGCUUCUUUCACAACUUUGAUAUGUUUCGUCAACACAGACGUACUGAUGGCUUUGGUGGCGGUUCAUUCUUUAACUUCCACGAUUUAUUUGAAGAUGACGACGACAAUAUAUUCUCAUCAUUUGGUAGUAUGUUCCAGGCAUCUGAUGACUCUGGUGGGCACAAGCGUCGGGGUCAACAAACAUGUCACACUGAAACUAUAAGAAGAGGUAAUACAGUGAUUACUCGAACACAUUGCUCUUAA